AUGUCGUCAAUCCCCGUUCUCAGUGGGAAUGAGCGGGAUCUAUUUCGAUACGCAACCAUCGUUCGAGAGACAAACGUCAAGACCUUCGCGAUUCUCUUACUCAAUGGCCACUCGACGCACAUCUUGGAACUCCUUUUUCGUCGAGAAGCCGAUUCCAGAAUCCCGUAUACCGAGCAAGGACUCUACUUCCUUCCGCUUCUGGUAGCUCGUACAUUUGUUGAACGACAAUGGGAGUUCCAUCCUGUUAUCUUUGGAAAGGGCGAUAUUCAUUGAAAGGUCCAGUCAACCGAGGUACUCCCUUUUUUGGAGGAGGAAAUUGUUGGUAAAGGUGGCUUUGGUAAAGUGUGGAAAGUAAAGCUUUAUUCGACUUGUCAAAAGCUCGUGACAGAGAGCUCAGAGCCCAGAAAGGUAUGCAUAUGAAAAGGCUCGUUUAAAAAAGCGAUCUGAUGUUUGCAUAGGAUGUUAAAAUUGCUCGGAAGGAACUAAGUGAUGGAGAUGAUGGUAGCAAAGAGAGUGCAAUAUUGGAUUUACUUCAGACGUUGCACUAUCCUAACAUCGUGGAAUUUCUCGGCUCAUAUAUGCACCACGGCGUGCACAACCUUCUAUUCUCCUUGAUGUCCAUGGAUUUGAAAAAGCUAUUAACGGAAGUCCCCUCUAUCGAUCCACAUUUGAUCUAUUGCGGAAUGUACGGCCUAGCUGAUGCACUAAGCAAAGUCCACAACUUCACACUGAAAGAUGGGGAUAUCGAAGUCACCAAGAUCGGAUACCACCAUGACUUGAGGCCAGCAAACAUUCUCGUGAAUGAUGGCAUAUUUAUGCUUGCAGACUUUGGUCUUUCGAAACUAAAGCCCGAUGACCAGGACUCUAAGUCGCGCUUGAGAGGUGGUCACGAUGACUACCUGGGCCCGGAGGCUUUCAAUGAAGUUGAUUUGAUUAAUGGUACUGUCGGUCGAGCGAUGGACGUAUGGGCUUUUGGCUGCAUCCUUGCACAGGUUGCCUCCUUCAUUGAGCGACGAAGCGUUGAAGAAUUUAGAGCCACACGUAAAGAGACUCAUGGCGGUGUAUUCUCAAGAACUGAUAAUGCCUUCCAUCUCGAUAAUAAGAUCAAGCCAUCUGUCGACCGUUGGCUUGCCGAUCUUAUUCAAAGUCCGGGAGAUAAACAAGUGCGGGAACUCGUUGAACUUGCUAGAGUCAUGCUGAAUCCAAAUCCUUGGACACGAAAACCCAUCUCGGCAGUAACUUCAAGUCUUGCGCUGUUAGCGUUACUGUCCAAGGUGGAAGCCGUCGUGUCGCAUUUCGAGGAUAUAUCAUAUGACAGAAAUUGCCGAAAAGAAGAUUUUAAUAUCAUCCUCCUGCUUGAGCAAAAAAGGUUCGAAGCGUGGAAAUUAGCUUUUGACCGUCUACAUCAAGAUGACAAACUCAAAAACAUCAAUGCCGUACUCGAUAACUUAACAAAACUCCAACUUGUUUUGCGAUCUGAUGGAGUCGCCGCGCAGGCUUCUAGCGGUUGCCCACCGCAAACCAGAGAGCCUCUGAACGACAUAUGGAAGACUGUCGACUUAGUGUGGGCAACACUUGCGGAGGAAGCACGUAUGAGAAUGUACGAAUUGUGGUCACGCGCAGUUUGUGACAUCCAAGAUAUCGACAUCCUCGCAGCUAUUUGCAGGGCCUCGAAGCCAGAGAGGUACCGAUUAGUUGGGAGUAAUGCCGCAAUGAGAUAUAUGUCCUGUAUCAUCUCGGAAUCAAUAUCUGAAGGAGGUCGUAGUCGGUAAAUUGAUUCUGGAUCCGUGGAUAUUGAUGAGACCUCGUCAACCGCGUUCCUCAACAACGAAAAUGUCUCUUUGAUCGAGGACAAGUCAAGGGCUAUGGGAUAUUAUACUAGACGGAAGGGCAAGAUGAGGGCCAUGAUUGAAUGGAAAGAGUAUGACACCCGAUGGCAGGAUGGCCCUGGAGAUAAAUUGCGUGGGCAAUGGAUGCAUUGGUAAAUCUUUUGGAUCCCGAAAUAACUCCUAGGAAAGGUGCGGCAAAGGAACGACUUCUUGACUGCCUGGGCUACUUUCAUGAGCCACGCAAUUUUCGGUUCGGCUUUAUACCCCCUGGACCGUCUCAAUGCCUGCAAUGCAACGAGCAAUCAUCGGCUCUACUCAAUGAAUAAUAUCAUUAGAUUGACUGAUCCCGAUGUGACUGACACUGUCCGUCCCGAUCUUGGGGAAAUCUUUCUGUUGGCUAAGGACCUGUCUUCAUGUCUACUCGUACUUCAUGAUGCGGGCUGGUUCCACAGGAAUAUCUCAUCGCAUCAUGUAAUUGUAUUUUCGCCGUCAACAGAAGAAGUCUAUCAGCAUAUCGCUUCUGCUGUUUUGGCAGGAUUCAACGAUGGCAGAGAAGAAGCAUCGGGUUAUACCCUUGGCCCUAAACAGGAGUUUCCACACUAUCAGCAGCCUCUAUAUCGUCAAGGAACCCCGUUCAGACUUUCUUUCGAUUAUUUUGGGCUGGGGAUUGUACUUCUGGAGUUGGGAUUAUGGCGACCUAUCUCUCUUUUGAAGGAUGAUCAUUCCGACAUACACUCUGCUGAAGAGUUCCGAAACAAGUUACUCAUAUCCUAUGUUCCUCAACUCGGCGAGAAAAUGGGUGCAUUAUAUAGGGAAGCUGUUCGUUUUUGCCUCGAUGCAGAAGCCGAACUACAAUCUGCACAAGAAGGCGCGCAUACGGAGCGCAGUGGAUUCGCACGGGACUUGUUUAAGGUUAAGGUAGUCGAGCCCCUUUCUCGAUGUUUCGCUUAA